UCACACUCUACACAAGCAAAUAGAUCAGACGUUUACAACCUCGCUCCAGCUCCGUCCGUGACUGAGUGUGAUAUUCGCACCUUUGAGUUAGAUCUAGCCUGGAAAGUGGCGGGUUAUGGUCGCGCAUUCACACCUUCCACGACCAUCCACAAGCUGAGACCUUGAACUUGAAUGGAACGUGCGGGGCGAAGCUAGAUGUGUGCCAGUCUGUUGUUGAGCGAAGCAAAUGAGAAGGACUUCUUUCUGGUCGUUCUUUCUACCCACGUCCCGGCGUGUAUUAGUACUGCAUUAUUUUAUUUGGGACAUUCCAUCGCUGUUUUCUUGAGGAUAUCCUCUUUCCGGCGCUUGGGGCCGCUAGCACCUGCGCUCCCGCACUGUGUAUUUCACAUCACACAUGUAGUUGUUGAGUGCAAAGCUGGAGCUGAUGCGUGGGCUCCUGGCUCCGGCCACGAGUCCAAGCCGGUUGAUAUGGCUCGGCUGGACUGUGGUGGUAGUGGCUCUCUCAAGCGUCACCAUCAGGGCACAAACCAAUGAUACCACCGAUUUCCCACCUAUUACCGGCACAGACAUCUUCAAUGAGAGUACUACGGCAGUUGUCCCGGUAACCGGCACAGAUUCGUUCAAUGAAAGUACAACUCAAAUGGUACCUGUGUCCAACACUGCCGCACUAACUGAUAGUACAACUGAUAUGACACCUUCAUCCAACACCGCCGUAUUUAGUGACAGUACCACUCAAAUGACAACUUCAUCCAACACCGCCAUAUUCACUGAUAGUACCACUGAUGUUACACCUGUUACAGACACCGAUAUGUUCAAUGACACGGACAGCAACACUACAGCUUCAGGUUGUGAAAAAGAUAUGGAGCCCAUUGUGCUCAACACCAAGGUCGUGUAUCGCUCAGCAGAUGACUUGGUCUACAGCUGCGAUGCAAAUUAUGCAAUUGAUGGUGUCACAGAUGCUAAAGUCACUUGUGGCGAUGGGAAUAUGUGGACCACUCCGAGGUUUACUUGCAGCGCAUACUGUCAAGUAGGUGAACCAUGCGAUGGUGAAGAAUGGCCACAAGUCAGUAGUAUUGACUGCUUGAAAAACUCAUCGAUCAUGAAUGUUAGCAGUUUCAUCCCAACAAGUAAUCUAUAUAGCCCGACGGGCGGUGUACAUCCUGGCAAGUGUGCUUUCCAAUGCGCGUCUCGGAACAUGCCCUUUUCGGGAAUUUCAAGUGGAACGCAGUGCUAUUGUUUUGCAACUCGACCUGAAAGCAGCAGUGGUAGCAGCUCUACUGGCUGUGCUGCGUGCCGUGGCUUCACCAGCUUUACCAAGCCGUUGACAUGCGGUAGUGAUGCAGGUGCGGCGGCUAAGUACAUUUCUAUCCACCAGAUCAGCAAUGGUCCUCCCGUCGGACUGCAAAUUACUUCUCAAGCUGGGAGUUUUGUUCGCAAUGAUGGCGAAUCAAUCGAACUCAUGUGCCAGAGCUCCACUGAAGUCAGCCAGGCCUCAUGGUACUUCAACGGAAACAACAUUACGAAUGACGAUGAGUAUAUUGUAGGUGAUCUGGUAUCCGGUAGCAUUACUCUGACGUUCACAGCAAGCAACACUACAGGUGGAAACUACUCGUGUCUUAUGUCAAACGCCAAGUACGUGCCCUCGGGUGGUUAUAGCACUUUGAGCAGCAGCGUCACAGCAACUGCGACAGUGAUUGUGACAGAUUGGCCAGCAGUGACGUCAUAUGGUUGCUACUCUUUCACACCGACAAUCCACAAUGACAUGCAGCGGAACUUUUACAGAGGCCUGCAAACAGUGACUCCUGGCCAGUGUGCGUAUGCUUGUGCUGGUAAUGGAACGGCUUUUGCUCUGAUCAGCGGAGUCGCAUGUGCAUGUGUAAGCGCCCUCCCAGGUAGCCAGUUUGAGCUCGGUCCAACUGGAACGUGCGGCGAGUUGUGUACUGGCUACAGAAAUCAUCCUGUGCAAAGCUAUGUUUGCGGAAAUGGGUCUUUACUUGCCGUCUAUGGCAUUCAAAAUGCACCUCCAUUGAAUGCUCAGAUCACUGCUCCCUCUCGUUAUCGGCUUCGCACUGGAGAGGCUUUCAACUUAACUUGCACAAUCGCAGACUACAGCUUUGCCACUUCCGUUCAAUGGACUCUUGAUAGUAUGGCUAUUUCGACCCCAUCAGCUGACGUGUUUGGCAACUCCACAUCAUCUACGUUGACGGUGACAGCUUCAAGCAUGACUAUGGGCAAAUACACGUGUACAUUCAGUAAUGAUAACUUUACUCCGCAGGGUGACUAUGUUGAAUUGUCUAACAGUGCCGUGGCCAGCCUUACUCUUAGCGUCCAAGAUCCAGCCAAAAUUCAGGGAAUAUCGCCAAUAGCACAUGUCAAUGAACUGUCAUCAGUGAUAUUCUUCUGUAAUGCCAGUGGAAGUCCAGCCCCAAACAUCUCAUGGUACUAUAACGGUAGAAUAUUGGCCAGCUCUACAUCACCAUCAUCAUCCAUAACAACAACGGUGCAAAAGCAGAAGGACAGUUUCAGUGAUAAUGCCACAUCAGUUGCUGCUUCUUCCGUUGUCAGCUCCAUGUUGCUGCUUGACAAUGUAACAAAGCAGGCUUAUGAAGGUUCAUACAUGUGUGUUGCUUCAAAUGAGCUUUCUCCACCUCAUGACAAUCUUUCAGUAGCACUGAAUGUUUAUGUUCCACCAAUUGAGCUGUCACCGCUCCUGAAUGUCAGCGUACCGGAAGGAGAUCCGGCCAUGUUUUUCUGCAACAUUUCUGGUGUCCCUGCUCCAAACAUCACCUGGUACAAAGAUGGCAAGGUCAUUUCUGAGUCUGUGAAGGUGCAAAUAGUAUCGAGCAAUUCUAGCCUGGUCUUGCGAAAUUUGACGUAUGAGGACCGUGGCAACUAUCACUGUGUUGCUGACAAUCGACACAGCACAAUAGCAGCACUUGGAGGAAUAAUUGAUUCCACAGCAGCCUUUCUUGAUGUCUAUGUUUCUCCUCGUAUCACCACCGGCCCAGACAAUAUCACAGUUGUUUUGGGUGCUAGCACCACCUUGAGUUGUAAUUCAUAUGGGAACCCGCGUCCUAGCAUUUCCUGGGUAUUCAAUGGAGAAGCCGUUGACAAUAGCCAGUAUACCACAGCAAAGACAUCAUCAGCUGCUAACUCAACAAUACCUUCCGGGUGUGCAAGCAAAUUGACAUUGUCGAAUGUGACAUACUUGCAUGCCGGUGUGUACACGUGUAUCAGUUCUGUUGUGACUGCUGGUGUUCAGCUGUUGCUUCCUGCCACUGCUCAGUAUUCGGCCUGGCUCACAGUACACGAAUCAGCAAGGAUCUUGGGUAUAUCGCCAAUAGCACAUGUCAAUGAACUGUCAUCAGUGAUAUUCUUCUGUAAUGCCAGUGGAAGUCCAGCCCCAAACAUCUCAUGGUACUAUAACGGUAGAAUAUUGGACAGCUCUACAUCACCAUCAGCAUCCAUAACAACAACGGUUCAAAAGCAGAAGGAUAGUUUCAGUGAUAAUGCCACAUCAGUUGCUGCUUCUUCCGUUGUCAGCUCCAUGUUGCUGCUUGGCAAUGUAACAAAGCAGGCGUAUGAAGGUUCAUACAUGUGUGUUGCUUCAAAUGAGCUUUCUCCACCUCAUGACAAUCUUUCAGUAGCACUGAAUGUUUAUGUUCCAACAAUUGAGCUGUCACCGCUCCUGAAUGUCAGCGUACCGGAAGGAGAUCCGGCCAUGUUUUUCUGCAACAUUUCUGGUGUCCCUGCUCCAAACAUCACCUGGUACAAAGAUGGCAAGGUCAUUUCUGAGUCUGUGAAGGUGCAAAUAGUAUCGAGCAAUUCUAGCCUGGUCUUGCGAAAUUUGACGUAUGAGGACCAUGGCAACUAUCACUGUGUUGCUGACAAUCGACACAGCACAAUAGCAGCACUUGGAGGAAUAAUUGAUUCCACAGCAGCCUUUCUUGAUGUCUAUGUUUCUCCUCGUAUCACCACCGGCCCAGACAAUAUCACAGUUGUUUUGGGUGCUAGCACCACCUUGAGUUGUAAUUCAUAUGGGAACCCGCGUCCUAGCAUCUCCUGGGUAUUCAAUGGAGAAGCCGUUGACAAUAGCCAGUAUACCACAGCAACGACAUCAUCAACUGCUAACUCAACAAUACCUUCCGGGUGUGAAAGCAAUUUGACAUUGUCCAAUGUGACAUACUUGCAUGCCGGUGUGUACACGUGUGUCAGUUCUAUUGUGACUGCUGGUGUUCAGCUGUUGCUUCCUGCCACUGCUCAGUAUUCGGCCUGGCUCACAGUACACGAAUCAGCAAGGAUCUUGGGUAUAUCGCCAAUAGCACAUGUCAAUGAACUGUCAUCAGUGAUAUUCUUCUGUAAUGCCAGUGGAAGUCCAGCCCCAAACAUCUCAUGGUACUAUAACGGUAGAAUAUUGGACAGCUCUACAUCACCAUCAUCAUCCAUAACAACAACGGUGCAAAAGCAGAAGGACAGUUUCAGUGAUAAUGCCACAUCAGUUGCUGCCUCUUCCGUUGUCAGCUCCAUGUUUCUGCUUGGCAAUGUAACAAAGCAGGCUUAUGAAGGUUCAUACAUGUGUGUUGCUUCAAAUGAGCUUUCUCCACCUCAUGACAAUCUUUCAGUAGCACUGAAUGUUUAUGUUCCACCAAUUGAGCUGUCACCGCUCCUGAAUGUCAGCGUACCGGAAGGAGAUCCGGCCAUGUUUUUCUGCAACAUUUCUGGUGUCCCUGCUCCAAACAUCACCUGGUACAAAGAUGGCAAGGUCAUUUCUGAGUCUGUGAAGGUGCAAAUAGUAUCGAGCAAUUCUAGCCUGGUUUUGCGAAAUUUGACGUAUGAGGACCGUGGCAACUAUCACUGUGUUGCUGACAAUCGACACAGCACAAUAGCAGCACUUGGAGGAAUAAUUGAUUCCACAGCAGCCUUUCUUGAUGUCUAUGUUUCUCCUCGUAUCACCACCGGCCCAGACAAUAUCACAGUUGUUUUGGGUGCUAGCACCACCUUGAGUUGUAAUUCAUAUGGGAACCCGCGUCCCAGCAUCUCCUGGGUAUUCAAUGGAGAAGCCGUUGACAAUAGCCAGUAUACCACAGCAAAGACAUCAUCAACUGCUAACUCAACAAUACCUUCCGGGUGCGAAAGCAAUUUGACAUUGUCCAAUGUGACAUACUUGCAUGCCGGUGUGUACACGUGUGUCAGUUCUAUUGUGACUGCUGGUGUUCAGCUGUUGCUUCCUGCCACUGCUCAGUAUUCGGCCUGGCUCACAGUACACGAAUCAGCAAGGAUCUUGGGUAUAUCGCCAAUAGCACAUGUCAAUGAACUGUCAUCAGUGAUAUUCUUCUGUAAUGCCAGUGGAAGUCCAGCCCCAAACAUCUCAUGGUACUAUAACGGUAGAAUAUUGGACAGCUCUACAUCACCAUCAUCAUCCAUAACAAAAACGGUGCAAAAGCAGAAGGACAGUUUCAGUGAUAAUGCCACAUCAGUUGCUGCUUCUUCUGUUGUCAGCUCCAUGUUGCUGCUUGGCAAUGUAACAAAGCAGGCUUAUGAAGGUUCAUACAUGUGUGUUGCUUCAAAUGAGCUUUCUCCACCUCAUGACAAUCUUUCAGUAGCCCUGAAUAUUUAUGUUCCACCAAUUGAGCUGUCACCGCUCCUGAAUGUCAGCGUAUCGGAACGAGAUUCGGCCAUGUUUUUCUGCAACAUUUCUGGUUUCCCUCUUGCAAACAUUACCUGGUACAAAGAUGGCGAGGUCAUUUCUGAGUCUGUGAAGGUGCAAAUAGUAUCGAGCAAUUCUAGCCUGGUCUUGCGAAAUUUGACGUAUGAGGACCGUGGCAACUAUCACUGUGUUGCUGACAAUCGACACAGCACAAUAGCAGCACUUGGAGGAAUAAUCGAUUCCGCAGCAGCUUUUCUUGAUGUCUAUGUUUCCCCGCGUAUUAUCACAGGCCCAUCAAAUGCCACACUUCCUGAUGGAUCCAGCAUUGCAUUCACUUGUAAAUCGUACGGCAACCCAGUUCCAAAUAUUUCAUGGGUGUUCAACGGAGAAAACCUUGACACGAGCUCGUACAGCACGGUGAAGGUGUCCUAUUUGAACUCAACACUGCCUCCCGUGUAUGAGAGCAAUUUGACAUUGUCCAAUGUGACAUACUUCAACUCCGGUGUGUACACGUGUAUCAGUUCUAUUGUCACUCCUGGUGCUCAUCUGUUGAUUCCUACCACUGCUAACUAUUCGGCCUGGCUUACAGUACAAGUCGGUCUGUACAUGGAAUCAGCCGGUUUUGCUUACCUGAAUGUGUUUGAGCACUCACCAUUCAUUUUGAACUGCACAACACGUGCAAAUCCUGCGCCUAGUUAUCAUUGGCGAGUGAUUCCUGCUUUUCAAGGAGAGAUAGUUGCCAAUGUGAGUUCAUCCUUCAUCAACCCGAGUUAUGUAUCGCAGUAUACUGUAAGUAAUGCUACAGUUCAAGGCAACGACCACAUACAUAACAUCACGUGUACGGCAAGCAAUGUUGGUUCUUCCCAGCAGUCAACAACUCAGGUAACAGUGAACGUCAUUCCUCAAUUUCUGAGCUCGUCGAGUGGAGUGUUUGUGACAUGCAAUGAGAAUGAGAAAAAUGUCUAUUUGAGCUGCACAUUUCGGGGAAUAGAGGAGCCAGCUAUUACAUGGCAAGAAUUAACAGGCUCUGCUGUUUCUGGAGGUGCGUGGAACGAAACAACUAGCACAGCAACACCACACGUAUAUUCUGGUACACUCAAGUUUCCUCGAGUCAGAAAGGAAGAUGAAGGAAAUUACACCUGCAUCGGAAGAAACGGGAACGGAACUGACGCACAUCAUCUAUUCUUGCGUGUUCAAGUACGACCCAGGAUAGUACCGGAAAAGUCGGUCCAAGAUGGUAUUGAAAAUCUGCCAUUGUCGUUGGUGAUUGUUGUCACUCGCAUUGGGCAACCAGCUGUCCCUGUCACUGCCCAUAAUAUCACAUGGUCAAAGGUGGACAACCCGUCCUGGAAUGCCUCGACGCAGCCGAGACUGGCGCUAUCUUCGGAUCGCUUGAACCUGACUUUCAGCAGGAUCCAUUACUCGGAUGCUGGAGAAUAUGAAGCUUGCCUGAUCAAUGCUGCUGGAUCUGCUUGCUCCAACUUUACAAUACUUUAUGCAGAACCAGCAAAAAUCAUUGGAGGACUCACACCUGCACAUGUCAAUGAACUGUCAUCAGUGUCAUUCUUCUGCAAUGUCAGUGGAAGUCCAGCCCCGAACAUCUCCUGGUACUAUAACGGCACCACACUGGAUGACUCAUGGUCGACAGUGCACAUCUCUAGCAGCGCAUUUAGCAAUGCUGCUACUAUACAACGUGAUAUCCAGGGUGCAGCAUCUGUUCUUCAGCUCAGCAACGUAACCAACCAUGCCAAUCAAGGAUCUUACUCGUGUUUAGCUUCCAAUGGGUAUUCCCCGGCUGAUAAUUAUACAGCUGCACUCAAGGUGUAUGUGCCCACCGUUCAAUUGUCGCCGCUAGCGAAUGCUAGCUCAUCAGAAAGAGGUGCAGCCACGUUUCUCUGCAGUGUGUAUGGUGUGCCUCCUCCUACAAUUUCCUGGUUCAAGGAUGGAAAGGCCUUGUUCCCGUCUGAAAAUGUGCAAAUGACACGAGGCAAUGCUAUACUCGCGCUGAAGAAUGUGACAUUUGGUAACCGUGGCGACUAUCACUGUGUUGCUGACAAUCGACAUAGCACAAUAGCAGCACUUGGAGGAAUAAUCGAUUCGAAAGCAGCUGCUCUUGAUGUCUAUGUUCUUCCAGUUAUACGUUUGGAUCCCAAAGGUGUGGAGGCGCUUAGAGGGGAUAUGGUUCAACUCCCUGUUACUCUCUCACAUCCUGGACAUCCACAGGUGCCAUCCAGCAACAUAACAUGGACAAAGAUUGGCGAUCUAUCCUGGAGUGGAUUCUCAUCCGGGUAUUCACUUUCCACUGACAACCUCACAUUGUCAAUAGCCAACAUGCAGCACUACAAUGCUGGCACGUACCAUGUCAGACUGGGAAACUUGGCUGGAGAAGUCAAUGUAACAUUUAUGCUGACUUAUGCAGAGAGGCCUGCAAUUCUGACAACACCAACGUCAGUUAGAACCAACGAGAACUCUUUAGUAGUAUUGGAAUGUAUCGGAACGGGCUUGCCGAAGCCUACAAUACACUGGUAUCACAAUGCGAGCAAGGCUCAGGGAGUCCUCGAGGCCAGUGCUGAUCAUCCUGAUGUACAUACAAACAAGAGAGGUGGCUUUGCUGUCAAGUCCACACUAACCAUCUUGUCGGUCAAGAAUGCCAAAAAUCAAGGAAACUUUGAAUGUGUUGUCGACAAUGGACACUCGCCCAAUGCCACUGCAUCUGCAAAAAUCUCUGUUUACGUUCCAGCUGUGAUCGAGAUCGAUACUCACGACACAGCUGUGCUGGCCGGAAAUACUGUGAUAUUCAUGUGCAACACAUCGGGUAUACCAGCACCAACCGUAACCUGGUUUAGAAAUGGAGUCUUACUGCAGCAAGAUGAUCUUGUCGGGCGAGUGUCGUUCUUUCGAGGUCAGAACGUCUUGACGAUUUACAGAACAGAAAUCGCAGAUGCUGACCUCUACCAUUGUGAGGCUAGCAACAAGGAUCGGUAUGCUGGUGGAGUGGUUACUGGUAACCCGGCCCAACUGGAUAUCAAUUAUGCGCCGAACAUCAGCCCUGCAAUACCAAGAAAGCUGCUGUCGUUUGAAGGGUCAUCGCUAACAGUUCCAUGUACUUACAGUGGUCAGCCAACACCGAACGUACACUGGUGUAGAGUGGACGACACCGGGAACUGUCUGUCUCCAGCACGAACUGAUAAUUGUGCCAGGCUACUAGCCACACAGGAUGGGCCGCUGACAAAUUCAAUGACCAUAUCACCGUUGAAAAGCUGCCACGGAGGCUCCUACUUGUGCACAGUUAGCAAUGAAGUGGCUGUUGCUAAGCAACAACUUCAACUCACAGUUCAAGGUAAAACCAGCAUUGGCAUUCUGGGAAAUUUCUCAAUGCCCACUGGAUACAGCGCGAAGACUGAGAAAGAACAAGAGGAUUUCUUUGUACAGCAGGUCACAGAGCAUCUGUUCCAAGGAAGAUUAGUUGGAGUUGAACAUUUUCAGUCACGACGACAAGGACCCAUCUUUGAGAUUCAGUGUGAUGUCACUGCACCAGCCGACUAUAUCGCACAGAUAUCUGGCAACAGCAGCGCUUCAAACAUCGGAAUGCACUUCUCUCAGCUGCUGCAAAACUCAGUGUUCGAUCUGAAAUUGGCACCGCAAUCGGACCUCACAGUCUUCGCAUAUGAUGUUUGCAGUCCAGACUCAACGGAUGGUGGGCAACGCGGAAUGUUCUCCUGGCCGGAAACAUUUCAUGAUGAGGAGGCAACACUUCUCUGCCCUGUUGAACUAGCAGAUUCCAUUUUCCGCUACGCCACCCGGUCAUGCAUUAGCGGUAGAAGGCUGCAUGAAUUACAACUGGAGAUGGCUUACUGGGCAACACCCAACAUGUCUGCGUGUCCCACCCCUGCGACAGCUAAGCUGCAACAGCUCUCAAAGAUUGAGUUCAAUGCAAGUGAACCUGGCUCAGUGCUGGCAAGCUCUCAGUUCAUGGCAAACCUGACUGAGAACAGUGCCGAGCUGACGUCGGAUGCCGUAGAUUUCGCCUCCACUGCCAUCUUCAAUCUUGUGGCAGCCAUCAGUGGAGACGAAGUCUUCAACCAAAGUAUUGGUCAACAGGUUGCAAAUUCAUCUCUGCAAACGGUGGACAACAUUCUCAGUGUCACGACGAAGGAGUCUUUGGUGGGAUCAGCGCCAGCAAAAAGGAUUGCAAAAUCAAUGGAGCGUCUUGUCACAUCUCUGGACGUGAGCACCGAGGAGCCGUUUGUUAGCCAGAAAGAGAACAUUGGAUUUGCGGUGAGCUGCCCGAAGGAAAAUGCCACAACUCAAGCAUUCCGGUCUGCCGGUGAAGGCGGGCAGUUCUUCGUUGGAGAGACAAAUGGCUCUGCUGCUGGCACUGAUGCAGGCGUUGCCUUCGACAUAGCUGGUAGUACAAUCAGUGCGAUCACAGACUCGUCGGUUCUGUCCAAUGACUCACUGUGUAACUUAGCAUCCACCCAGUACAUUCUCUACAAGACACAGGCUUUGUUCCAGGACUCCAGUUUGGGUGGAAACAGUUCGGUCGGCUCACAGAUCAUCUCAGCACAAGUGGGCAAUAGACGACAUGACCAUUUGGACACGCCUGCCACCAUGUCAUUUGAGUUUGUGGACGGAACAUUUGUGGCACUGGAAGAUCCCGUGGAAUGUGUCUUCUGGGAUUUCGACAAAUAUGAUGGCAAAGGUGGAUGGAGUAGUGAGAACUGCAACACUACGCGCUCUGAUUCGUUUCCAAACCGGACUGUGUGCCAAUGCAGUCAUCUCACAAACUUUGCCGUUCUAUUUUCGCGUCACGUCCCCACCGAGCCCAGCCAUGCGGAGACUGCACUGAAGUAUAUUUCCAUGAUUGGAUGUGGCAUCUCCAUGCUUGCUCUGCUUGCCACACUCUUUGUCAUCAUGGCAGUCCCGAAACUUCGACGUAGUCACCACCACCAGAUGAUCUUCGGCUUGAGUAUAACACUCCUACUGUUCCUGGCCGUCCUCACUGUUGUACUCUACUAUGAGAAUGCAGCUACGAGUGACGUCGCCUGCAAAGCACUGGCCAUCGCUUUGCACUACCUACUUCUGUGCUCAUUCAUGUGGAUGUCCGUGGAUGCGACCUUUCUGUACAAGAGAGUGACGGUCGUGUUUGAUGGAACCGGCCAGAGGUUGAAAAUACUGCUGCAGACAUUGAUAUUCGUCAUACCAUUGGUUAUCGUUGGAGCUACUGCAGGUGCUUCAACUGCUGAUGCUUACAAGGAUGGGAAAUUGUGUUGGAUAAAGGAUGACCUGGCAUUCUACUGCGGGCUUGUAGCUCCAGUGGGAGUAUCUCUGCUGUACAACCUGGGUGUUUUGCUGGCUGUCGCUGCGUCAGUGCGAGCAAGUCGCAAGAAGAUUACUACGUAUAAUACGAAGAAGGAGCGAUCCAGAGAUGUGACAGUCUUGGGCAUCGUUGUUUCCUUGUCCAUGCUUUUCGGCUUGACGUGGAGUUUCGGCUUCUUAGUUCUUAUCCGAGACCAGAUUGUGUUUCAGUACAUUUUCACCGUCCUCAAUUCAUUGCAAGGGCUAGCGAUACUCAUUCACACCGUUCGAGGCAGCGAGGCAAAGAAGGGCUUGUCGGACAUGGUAUCCACGAGCAAGCGUGCCACCAGUACGACCACAGCGCCUUCAUCCAAGCAAAGCCGCACUGCCUUGGAUGCCGCUAGCCCAAGAGGCAAACAUUCCCUAGGUGCCAGCACUCUGCUGGAAUCGCCGACUACAAGCUCAGCUGAUCCAGGCAGCCACGUCGACCAGGCUCGAUCACAAAGGUCCGCGAUUCCACACUAUAUAACCCGCAAAUCAGAGCCCGCACCGAAAGAACUGAAGCUUGUGGACUUAGACACCUUGGAACCUUACCAAAGUGAAUCGGAACCCAUCGGCAUGGAGACUAGCGUCACUCCAGAACUCAUUCCAUUGGAAGGCUUGCACGAAACACACACACUUAGCACGUCGGAUUUCUCACAUUUCCCUGUCAGGCAGGGUUCAGUGCUGAAGUUCAAUUUCCUAAAAUAUGACAAUGCCGAAGCGGGCCUCCUGUCGCACGAAACCGAAGAGGCUUGCUAGCCUCAAGUUCAUACAACUUCUAUCUCCUUAGCAACAGUGCGUGAUCCAUGCACCCACGACAUGCAUACCUAUGUACCCUGCACACUGCACUCUGCUGGUCGGAGCAUGGUCUCGUAAUGAUAUUACGAGAUUUGAUUAUAAUCUGCUAUGUUUAUUCUUUCCCAAAAAUAGAGCGAUUUGAAUGGUGAUUGUGGGAUACAGCGAUGCUGGCAACUGCCGUGCAUGUAAAGACUGUUGAUUGGCCAUACUCAAGUUAAUAAGUUCAUCUCCCUGCAUGGCGCUUCAUUCUUGUGGUAUUGGUGGACCUCGUUCAGCAUUCAGUCGGUGCCUUGAUAUCACGGUUUCCCAUAAAAUAAACUAGUUUCUGGCAUGGAAUUUGUCUCAACGCACAAUGAGCCGAUACAUUUUGUAAUAUUGCGCCGUGCGAUAGCCUGGAUGCAUACUUUGACUGCCUUUAAAAGUCCAUGUUUUCCAGAGGCAUUUUCUAUCAGGACGUUGUACUUUAUAUUCCAUGCAAUCUGUCAGAGCAUUCACAUCAUUUUUUCAUCGAUUAUUUCUUGAAGCGAGGCCAGCAUAUAACUUUA